AUGGCACCUCUUCACGCUAUGGAUUGCAUCGACGUGUUGGUCGGUGCAGUUCGAGAUGGCCGUACCCGAGUGCAGGACUCAUAUUCUAGAGAUCGAUCAACACCUCUGGAGGAUUAUAAGAUCGAACCCACGGAUCAUCCCUUGGGUCCAGGACGGAUGUUCGUUGUAUGGGCCAAGGGUCAGCAACAGGGAGCUUAUGCUCACGGUGCCCCGUCAGCGCUCGAAAGUUCCAACUCCAAAGAGCCUUUCUACAUGGAUGACAUUCUCAAGUAUCAUGGAAGCAAGAAUCGCGGUGUCCAUCCGAUUGACUUCACGACACCGGUGAAAUUGCCGAAACCAGGCGAUGCAGCAUUUGGGGUCAACAUUGCUGCCGGUGAACCAGCCCAUCAGCACCAACAGAGCAUUACAUCGUCGAGAAACGUUUCAUCACCAUCAACACCAUCAACAGCUGCCAAAACAACGAUGGCACCUCCCUACCUUCAAGAAAUCGACGACUCAUCCACACGAGUCUCUUCGAUUCUCAUCGUUUUUGUUACUGCCUUCAUUGUAUUAUAUUAA